ACCUUUGUUCUGCUCUGCAUAUAUUUCGUCAUCUAAAGGAUUUCAUAGCUUAGCUCGACGGUGAAUAGGAACAGGAAAGAAGGAAAAUGGCACAACUGAGGGACGAGUAUGGGAACCCCGUGGAGCUGACCGACGAGCUCGGGAACCCGGUUCAGCUCAGAGAUGAACACGGCAACCUUGUUCACAUCAAAGGCGUGGCAACCACCGGCGCCGGCACCACCACCACCGAAUCACAUCUCGGUGCUCCGCCUGUGGGAGUCACGGAGAGAGGAAGGAGGGAAGAGGAAGGGCCGCCGUAUACGUCAGCAACUACUGCUCGGCAAGGGCCGUUGGAGACCACUCAUCAUACGCUGGGUGACGCCCUGAAGGACACAGGUCACGCCACUGAGCGGACCGCUGCUGGCGCCCUGAGGACUACUGGUCACGCCACGGAGCGAGCCGCUGCUGGUACUGCUGCUGUCGGAGGUGGGAUUCUCGGCGGCGCUGCGGGCGUUGGAGGCAGCCUUGUGAGCAGCGUCACAGGGAACAAAGGAACUGACGAGAACAGGCAACAUCAUCCGGCCUCCGAAAUCCGACGCUCCCCAAGUACCAGCUCUUCCAGCUCGUCGGAGGACGACGGGCAGGGAGGGAGAAGGAAGAAGAAAGGGCUGACUCAGAAGAUCAAAGACAAGCUGACGGGGAACAAGCACAAGGACAACAAGGACCCUGUGACGGGCCAAGAAUACGCGUCAUCCACCACGACUACAACUACGACUACAGCGAAUCCUGAACAUCAUGAGAAGAAGAGUGUCAUGGAGAAGAUCAAGGAGAAACUGCCUGGCCAUCACGGACAUGGUCAGCACAAUCAUUAGACGAAUGUGAACUGCACAUUAGAUGGUUUCUACUUGCAAGUGUUUGUUGUGUGUCUGUUGAAUGCCUCUUUUACUUUCUUUGUGUGUUUGUUUUUACCUUCGGUUUUUCGGUCUUGUUCUUAAGACAAUGUCGUGGGGAGGGUUCAAUUGUUUUGUGACUUCGCGUUGUAUUUUCGGUCGUUAUGAAUAAAUACAUGAACAAUCAUUAUUUCUCGUUCACUAUGGAUCGAAUCAGAGCUGACCGGUAGUUCGAGUGAAUCGAAUCGAAGGCGAGUUGAAUGUGAUGCAAUUUGGUUUUCAAGCCCAUUGAACUGAACUGAACUGGAUAGAGUGUAAUGCACAAUUUGGUUCAAUGGGAGUGCGGGCAUUCUACAGCUUUCCAUAAACCCUGAUGGAAGUGUGGGACGGACCUCAGGCUCGAGCUCCCCGCGAGUCUUCUUUAGCUCCAUCGUGCGUGAUCUGGCAUUUGAAGACAAAAAGACAUGCACAUGCCCUGUAUGCUCAGAUUGAAAUAGAUGUUUGCAGUUUCGUGCUGCGAAAGGCAUUAAUCGACGACGUAAAAAUGGUGAUGAUGCAGCAAACCCAACAGUGGUUGCUAGCAACAAAAGGGCACCGGACAAGAGUCUGUUGGGGGAGCUUGGAUAACCAUUGCAUUCAUGAAGCUAUCAUUUUGGGGUAAAUGAAUGAAGGUCGAGUGG